CUAAGAACAUUGUGCUGGCCAAUUAAAACAUGCUGUUGAUUAAAAUGACUGUUGGUCCAUCUGCUUGCAACCUGAAAUCCAGAGCAUAAAGCCAAGAGGAGGCAGUACCAUUGGGUAGUCCAGCCAAAAAUGAUACGGCGUCCACCAACAGUUGUUUGCUACAUUUGUGGUCGUGAAUAUGGAACAAAAUCCAUUAGCAUUCAUGAGCCACAAUGUCUGAAAAAAUGGCAUAAUGAAAACAACUUGUUGCCUAAAGAGUUAAGGAGACCAGUACCUAAAAAACCAGAAGUCAGGACCAUUACUGCCAGAGGCUUCUAUGAUCUUGAUGCUUUAAAUGAAGCUGCUUGGACAAGUGCCCAGAGCCAGCUGGUUCCCUGUAAUGUUUGUGGGCGUACCUUCCUGCCAGACAGACUGCCUGUUCACCAACGAUCUUGUAAACCCAAAGCCGCCAAGUAAAGCCCUUUUCUCUCUA